CUAACAAAGUGGAAGGAAAAGAGUGGGAGAGGUUUGCAUCAUGAAUUAUUUUAUACUUGUGUUGGUAUCAAUUUUUGCUUUGAUUUUCCUCUAUAAUCUAGCAAAAUUGUCCACCAAAAAACUUCCACCAGGUCCAUCACCAUGGCCAAUUAUUGGAAAUAUUCACUUGUUAGGUGCAAAACCUCAUGUAUCACUAGCCAAUCUUGCAAAAAAAUAUGGUCCAAUUAUGAGUUUAAAGUUAGGACAAAUAACAACAGUGGUCAUUUCUUCAUCACCCAUUGCAAAACAAGUCCUUAAAACUCAAGAUCAAGCCUUUUCAUCUAGAUUUGUUCCUAAUGCUCUUCAAGCACACAACCAUUACAAAUUUUCUGUGGCAUGGCUUCCUGUUUGUCCUCAAUGGCGAAUGCUUCGCAGAAUAUUGAACACUAACCUCCUCUCUUCCAAUAGGGUUGAUGCAAAUCAACAUCUAAGGUCUCAAAAGGUGAAGGAAUUAAUUGCUUAUUGUGAAAAAUGUAGUCAACAAGGUGAAGCUGUGGAUGUAGGUCAAAUUGUUUUCAAGACUAAUCUCAAUUUAGUGUCAAACACCCUUUUCUCCAAGGAUUUGGUUCAUCUUUGUUCAGAUUUGAAGCUUGAGUUGACAGACGCGAUCUUGAGCAUCGUUGAUGUUGCUGGGAAGAUCAACCUAGUGGAUUUUUUCCCUAUACUUGAAAAGAUUGAUCCUCAAAGAAUGAGGUAUCGCACAAACAUCUAUUUUGGUAAGUUGAAUAAACUCUUUGGUGAUAUGACCAAUGAGCGGUUGGAAGAAAAGAAAACGAACCAAAGUGAAAAGAGUGAUAUUUUACAAGUGCUUCUCAACCACACUGCAGAAAAUCCCGAAGAGAUGGAUCAAAAUUAUGUGAAUUCCACGCUCCUGGACUUAUUUAUUAGUGGAAUCGAUACAAUUACAAGCACGUUAGAAUGGGCAAUGGCAGAAAUACUUAGACAACCAGAGAUUAUGAAGAAAGUCCAAGCUGAGAUUGCACAAGUCGUUGGAAAAGGAAAACCAAUAAUUUUUGACAGUGAUGGCAGACUCGCUUACUUGCAAUUUAUCAUCAAAGAAACAUUAAGACUUCACCCACCAGCUCCAUUCUUAAUCCCCCGCAGGGUGGACCAAGAUGUUGAAUUGGUCGAGUACGGGAUAUGGGUAGGGUAA